AUGGCUAAUCUAAUAAAAACAUUGAACAAGAAAAACAAGCUUCCAUUUCUCUUACAGGGUGGUACAGUAAUUGGCAGUGCCCGCUGCAAAGCAUUUCGCUCCCGUGAAGGGCGCUUGAAGGCAGCUUGCAACCUAGUCCAACGUGGCAUAACUAAUCUCUGUGUGAUUGGAGGAGAUGGCAGCUUAACCGGGGCUAAUCUUUUCCGAGAGGAGUGGAGCGGACUUCUUGAUGAAUUAGUAAAAGAAGGAAAAAUUGAAGCCUCAGCUGCUGAGGAGUAUUCCCAUCUGAAUAUCGUAGGAAUGGUGGGCUCCAUCGAUAACGAUUUCUGUGGAACUGAUAUGACAAUCGGAACUGACUCGGCCCUGCACAGAAUUAUUGAGGUGGUGGAUGCCAUCAUGACCACUGCUCAGAGCCACCAAAGGACCUUUGUUUUGGAAGUCAUGGGGCGACACUGUGGGUACCUGGCCUUGGUCAGUGCCUUAGCUUGUGGAGCUGACUGGGUCUUCCUCCCUGAAAGUCCUCCAGAGGAAGGAUGGGAAGACUUAAUGUGCACUAAACUUUCUGAGAACCGAGCAAGAAAGAAAAGAUUGAAUAUUAUUAUUGUCUCAGAAGGAGCCAUCGAUUGUCACAACAACGCAAUCACUUCGGAAAAGAUCAAAGAGCUUGUGGUUUCACAGCUUGGUUUUGACACACGAGUGACAAUAUUGGGUCAUGUCCAGAGAGGAGGAACCCCAUCAGCCUUUGACAGGAUAUUGGCCAGUAGGAUGGGAGUGGAAUGUGUCCUGGCCUUACUUGAAGCUACUCCAGAAACCCCCGCCUGUGUGGUAUCUCUAUGUGGAAACCAAGCCGUGCGCCUGCCUCUCAUGGAAUGUGUACAGAUGACCCAAGAAGUGCAGAAAGCGAUGGAUGAAAGGAGGUUUGCAGAUGCUGUAACGUUGCGUGGAAGGAGUUUCGAGAACAAUCUAAAUACAUACAAGCUCCUUUCACCCUUGCGGUCUGUUUUUUUCCAGAGUAACUUUAAUGUGGCUGUCUUGAACGUGGGGGCUCCAGCCGCAGGAAUGAAUGCCGCUGUGCGCUCUGCAGUAAGAGUGGGCAUUACUGAAGGACACAAGAUGUUUGCAGUCAGUGACGGCUUUGAAGGAUUUGCUAAGGGUCAAGUGAAAGAGAUAAAAUGGGGAGAUGUUGGAGGCUGGACUGGUCAGGGUGGAUCUCUUUUGGGAACCAAAAGAACUCUUCCUGCUAAAUAUUUUGACCAAAUCGCUGAACAGAUACGUACUCAUAGCAUCAACUCUCUACUCGUCAUCGGAGGGUUUGAGGCUUAUGAAGGUAUGCUGGAGUUAGCUGGGGCGCGAGCCACUUAUGAAGAAUUUUGCAUCCCCAUGUGCAUUUUGCCUUCCACCAUUAGCAACAAUGUCCCUGGCACUGACUUAACUCUUGGCGCUGACACUGCUCUCAAUGCCAUUGUGGAGACAUGUGAUCGCAUCAAACAAUCCGCCAGUGGAACAAAGAGGCGAGUCUUCAUCAUUGAAACCAUGGGUGGAUAUUGUGGAUACCUGGCCAACAUGGGUGGCCUUGCCGCAGGCGCUGAUGCUGCUUACAUCUUCGAAGAGCAAUUUGACAUUCGAGAGCUUCAGGCAAAUGUGGAGCAUUUGACAGAAAAGAUGAAGACAAGCAUCCAGAGAGGCCUUGUACUAAGGAAUGAAAAUUGCAAUGAGAACUACACCACGGAUUUCAUCUACCAGCUGUACUCAGAGGAGGGAAGAGGUGUCUUUGACUGCAGAAAGAAUGUACUCGGACACAUGCAGCAGGGAGGAGCCCCAUCACCGUUCGAUAGGAACUUCGGCACAAAAAUCUCAGCCAAAGCCAUUCAGUGGAUUUCACGAAAGCUGAAAGAAUGUUAUAGAAAAGGCAGAGUAUUUGCUAACACAGAGGACACCGUCUGCCUGCUAGGAAUGCGCAGGCGUGCUCUCGUCUUCCAGCCAGUCAUGCAGCUGAGGGAUGAAACGGACUUCAAACACAGAAUUCCAAAAGAGCAGUGGUGGCUGAAGCUGCGACCAGUGAUGAAGAUCCUGGCCAAAUACAAGACAAGCUACGACAUUUCAGACUCUGGCCAGCUGGAGCAUGUUCAUGUUAGGCGACCAAAACAUUCUGACAUGGGGGCCAUCUAA